AUGGCUUCUGAUUCAGAUUGUGAAAGUGUAUAUACAGAUACAUUCGAAAACCUUGAAGAUGUGAUACCUGAGGAGAUUAAAAACAUUACACAACUUGUUUUGCAAUGUCGUGACUUCAAAGGAGCACAACGAACAUUGCAUCAAUACAUACAAGGAGGUGUAUAUCAUGAUGUGAUAGAACAUCUGAAACUACAAGAGUAUUAUCCCAAAAAACUAACCCGGGAAAAGGCACUUGUGGUUACGGAAAAUACCAUUUCAUCCGAUGAUCUCAAUGAUCCUGGCAAGAUUCCAUGGUAUAUUUUGCAAAAUCUUAUAAUGUGUAACUAUGAAGGACGGUGUUUUAAAUUGAAUCAGAACCCAUCACUUUCUGGAUUCGAAUUUUCGUCUCUUCUGCAAGUAACUACAAACAACACUGUUGACACAAUAGAGUUAAGUCCUUUGGAUGCGCUGGUAGCACUUUUUUUGUGUUGCGAUGAUUUCUUGAGACAACUUUUAGUAGAAAAAAUGUCCAUGUGUCAACUCGCUAUUCCAUUGUUGUUACCAUAUAUCGACACCAUUCCGCAUACAAAUGAAAUGCUUUUGUGGGCGAUGAGCACAUUGAGAAAACAAUGGAAAACGUGCUCAGGGUUAUCAUGUGAACGAUCAAUGCUAUUUUAUCCGUUGCCAACUGUGUGUGCCAUCCGUUUGGGCAGACCUCGGUUGUCAAAAUCUAAAAUACUAAACUGUGUUAUCAGUGAUUUUAAACAUGACAUUUUCUUUCACUCUGGAUGUAAAGGUGGUACUUUGGAAAAAAAAAUCUCUGUUGGUCUACUUGAAAUGGCGUGGUACUUACCAACUGGGAAACAUCAAGAUACUUUUCCUGAUGCCAUCACGUUUAUGAAUUUGAGGGGAAAUGCAUCCCAUCUCAAAGAACAAUCGGCAUUUUUAUCUGAUAUAUCAUUAGCAACUAUUGCCUUCACGUCCUCUGAUGAAUUUAAGGAAGAAGACACUGUCUUACUUGAAUCAUUGUACAAACAAAAUGGGCACUUAAUACUUGUUGCAGAUGGACCCCCUGGGCAAUAUUUGAAAGAAUCAAUUAGCCUACUGGAAAAAAAAUAUUCAACUGUAAAGGAUAAGCAUUUAAGGUUAAUUGAUUCUUCAAAACAAAAUAAGUUGCAAGUAAGUGGGGAAAUUAGGAAAAGUCUUAUUUGUAUUUACAAGGGAAAUGGACGAUAUUUUGUAACAGAUAGAAGUAUUCAAAUGUAUGCUGACCUUGCAAAAACAAUGCGUUUCCAUGUAGACGAAAGCACACUGAACUGUAUACAGGCGAAAGAGAAUGUGGACAUGAUGUCGGAAUGUCUAAAACUGCAUGGGAAAGAAAAACAUCUACCAUUGCAUGUGAUUACAAUAGAAAUUGGACAGGAAACGAAAGAACGAUAUCGAUUGAAGAAAAAAGGAACCAUGGAAACAGAGAAAUACGUUGAAAAGGUAGAGUUAAAUAUAACAGAAUUGCGAAGUAAACAAAAAUGUCUCGGCAACCAUACUUCAGAUAUGUUUAAGUUAUUCAGAAGAUCGUAUACGCCUAAUUAUCCAGCACUAAAGAGGAAAUAUUUCCACAGCUUUGUUAAGAUGAUAACUGAUAUUUAUAGCAUUGAAACACUGCAGCCAAUACUUCAGGAAUACAUCCAAAAAUUUAAUGAUUUGUGCGAGAUUUUGCAAAAAAAUCAAAACAGAGAAACACCAGAAUCAGAAAAAAGAAGAAAAGAACUUGAUGACCUAGAAAGUAAGCUUUCUAAUCUUUCAUUGGGCUUAGAACACUUUAAUAGAGAAAUUGGACAAGUGUACGAAAUGGAAUGGCAUAUGAACCUACUAAAUGAUACAACUAUUCAAUUUCCAGUUGUUGUAGCAAACAUGUUACUUGAUGGACAUCCCCUGGAAUUGAUGGAUGGCGAUGCGUCACAUGUUCCCAUCACAUGGAUCAAAGCAGUAUUAACCUCUCUAACAAAUAUUAUUGGUGAUAAACGAAUGUUUGUGUUGUCAGUGCUAGGUAUCCAAAGUAGCGGAAAGUCAACAAUGCUUAACACCAUGUUUGGUUUGCAAUUUGCAGUAAGUGCUGGAAGGUGUACUAAAGGUGUAUUUGCUCAAUUAAUACCAGUGGAUGAUGCUUUGAAAGAAGAUACUAAGUGUGACUACAUACUAGUGGUUGACACAGAAGGUUUACGGGCUCCGGAAUUAGCAACCACUGAACAUAACAACCGUGACAACGAACUGGCUACUUUUGUGACUGGUUUAGGUGAUGUUACAAUGCUUAAUAUCAUGGGAGAAAAUGCAGCUGAAAUGCAAGACAUUCUUCAGAUUGCUGUCCAUGCAUUCAUAAAAAUGGAAAAUGUAAACAUCAAACCCAGCUGUAUAUUUGUCCAUCAAAAUGUAACCGAUGUUGCCGCAUCCGACAAAAAUACGGCUCAUAAGAGAAAGAUAAAGAGUAUGUUGGAUCAGAUCACUCUAAAUGCUGCAACAGAAGAAAGCUGCACUGGAAAAUAUAAAACAUUUUCAGAUGUCAUUCGAUUCCAAGAACAUAAACAUAUAAUGUAUAUUUCUAGUCUCUGGCAAGGCGAUCCACCAAUGGCACCCCCUAAUCCAGGUUACAGUCAAUGUAUUCUUCAAGUCAAAAAACAGAUCAUAGAAUUCAUGCGAAAUUGCCAAGCUAAAACAGUUGAAGACUUCAAAUAUAGGCUCUCGGAUCUCUGGAAAGCAAUUCUGUGUGAGAACUUUGUGUUCAGUUUUAAAAAUACAAUCGAGAUUCGGGCCUUUAAUGCACUAGAAACAGAAUACGUGAGGCAUUCUCGUACACUGAGAAGAAACGCAAUGACUUACGGAGACGAACUUCAAAUUGAAUGCAAUAAACUUACAGCUAAUGAGAUACAUCAAGUUGGUAAAUCUAUACUGGGAAAGCAGAUUGCUAAAUUCGAAAAAGAUAUAAAUUCCUUCCACAACAACAUAGAAGAUUAUUUUGCCAGAGAAACAAAGGCAUGCCAAUGGAAGGCCAGAACGGAGUUGAAGAGGGAUGAUCUAUGUGCUGAUAUUAGGAGAGAAAUCAAUGAUGAAUUUGUGUCUAUCAGAAAGAAAAUCGUUGGAAAAUCUGAAAUAAACUCGAGUAUGAUAAGGUAUGAAAAAGAUAUCUUAAAAAAGGCUAAAGGUCUUGCUGAAAUAUUUCGUGAAAAUGAAUCUAUAUCCGGGUCGGAUCUAAAGAAAACAUUUGAUGAAGAGUGGGGAAAAUGGAUCUCAGACAUAGCCCCUUCCAGUGGUUACAUUCAAAUACAAUCGUCCCUUGAAGAAAUAACACGUAAAUCCUAUUCACGUUACCAAGAGGAAGUAAAUCGUAUGCUCUCAAGUAAAUCCAGUAGGUUAUAUCAAUCUGGAGUAUUUGUAGGAGAAGAUGAUUUAGAUUUUGGUAGUGUUUUGUCAAAGGGUGUUAGGUUGCUUUCUGGGCGUGCUGUUAGUAAAUCAACAUGUUUUGACGAGGCAAAGUCAUUUACAGAAACAUUGCGAUCAGAGGUAUUACGAAAGAUUUCAAAUUACAGCAAUGAGUGUAAAAACUAUAGUGCUAGUUUUGGAAGUGAGCUUUUUGAUUUCUUGGCAACACAACUAUCGGACAUGAAAAUAGAGGGUGAAAUUAAAUUCAAAGAAAAGGGAAUAGUUCGCAUAACAAUGUGUAUUCUCUGGUCAAUGAUACCAAAAUUAAAUGAGUUGCAAAUACAGUACAGACACGAAAAUGACCCUCGAUCAUACAUGGAAUCUCAAAAGGAAAGAUUAUGGCAAAUGUUUCGUGAUGAAUGCACUGUGGUAGAAAUAUACGUCAAAGCAGCUUCUGUGGUCAGUCGAGAGUUGGAAAGUGCUAUCAGAUAUUGUCUUCCAAAUCAUUGUAAAACCGGAGUGAUUGAUUAUUUGCGCACUUCUCCUUCUCGGGCGUUUACGAAUAAGAUGUCGCUACAUGCACAAAUGCUGAUUGAUAUAGCCAGGAAACAUCAUUUUACGUUUUAUCGAGAAUAUUUGCGAAAACCUUACCGGUGCAUGAGCACCUAUAUUGGAGAAUAUAUAACAAAAUCAUGUUUACUGAAUGUAAUGAAUGAAGGAAACUCUGUUUUACAAGGAAUAUAUAACCAACAAUUAGGCUGCCUUUUUGUCAAAGUUGUGGAAGCAAUUACUGACACAUGUCAACAUUACGACCGUAAAUGCAAAAUUAGCAGUUGGUGGCCUAAAUUUCUUGAACAUAUUGGUCAUGAUCUAGCUGUUAAAACGGAGUUGGGAUUCUUUAACGAGGAUGGCAGUUUUGAAGUAGAUGAUCUUAAAGAGAAGUUACUAAGUGAAUUGAAUAGAUCUAAAGACAAAAUCAUGGAUGCAUUCAAUCCGCAGGGUAUUUUAAAUGCCAUAGUUGAGCCUUGCCAACAAUUUUUUGAAGAAGAUCUCCUCGGUUGUCCUGAGUUAUGUCCGUUCUGUAAGGCGCCGUGCGAUCUUCAAGUUGGUGAUAAGUAUGAUGAUCACCGUACAGAGUACCAUCGACCAAGUGGAGUUGCUGGAUAUAAGUGGCAUCGGAGUAGAAAACUUAGUAUCGACAUAUGCACAACAUCAGUGAUGUCAGAUAAUUCAUUUAAAAAUAAAGACACUAAACAAAAAUGGCAUCCUCAUAAAAAAUACCAAACCGUCGAUAAGUAUUACAAAGCCUGGAAAAUCCAGCCAGUAGCAGGUGAGUCGCAGCUAUAUUGGAAAUGGUUUAUGGCAACCUACAACGAGGAACUUGCUAAAUACUAUGAAUGUGAACAAGCAGAUAUUCCAGAUGGAUGGAAGAAAAUUACUUGGGAUUCAGUGAAGGAGGAUAUGAUAAAUACAUACAAUCUAUAA